AUGUCUACAAUCAAGGCUGUCAACAUCCCAAACAUUGCUUGGGGGACUGCCGCCAACAUUCUUUUCCCACCUAACUUUGACGAGAACAAAAAGUACCCGGCCGUCGUGUCUGCUCACCCUAUCGGGUCCUGCAAGGAGCAAACAUCGGGUAAUAUCUAUGGGAAGUCAAUGGCGGACGCAGGCUUCGUGGUCGUAGCCUUUGAUGCGUCUUUCCAAGGUGCUUCAGGCGGCGAGCCCCGCUUCAUUGAGAACCCCGAAUUUCGCGUCUCCGACUUUCGCUUUGUGGCCGACUACAUCCAGACGCUGCCUUAUGUCGAUGCUAAGCGGAUUGGCGUGCUCGGUAUCUGUGGUGGAGGCGGCUACGCGAUCAAUGCAGCUAUGACAGAUUACCGCUUCAAGUGUUGCGUUGGCAUCACGCCGGUGAAUUUUGGCCGCCUUUCCCGAGAAGCUUUCGGCAACUUCGAUCCCGCUGCUUCUCUCGAGAAGAUGGCGGAACAGCGUACCCUUGAGGCACAGGGUGCUGAACGCCUCGUCCUCAAUCUACUCCCUUCAACCGUCGAGGAGGCCAAGAAAUCGACUACGGAUAUCGACGUCAUCGAGGCAACCGAAUAUUACAAGACUCGGCGCGGCCAGGAGCCUAACGGCUGCACCAGCGGUCUGUUUUCGUUCAAUAGUGCCGCCCUCGGGUGGGAUGCCUUCAAUCACGCGGAGGUGCUCAUGACAAAGCCCCUCAUGGUGGUCGUCGGUGACAAGCCCGGGAGCUUUGGCGCCUACCGCGACGCUCAGGAGAUUCAUGGUCGGGCAGGCUCUAAGGAGAAGCAUAUUGUCGUUCUGCCUGGAAUUUCACACUACAUGCUCUACGACAAGACCGAGGCCGUCAAGCCCGCGCUCGACCAAGUUCUACCUUUCUUUAAGAAGCACCUUGGCGAAGCCAGGUAG